ACUUCACGCAGCCCGCGCAGCAAGCUCAGUCAAACUGCGCCCGAGGUUCGGGAGCCGCCGCCUCCGCCUCUCUCCCCGGCGCGCGCGCAGUCUGCCCAGCCGCCAGCCGCGCAAAGCAAGCCAGAGGGCGAGAAUUCGUGGCCCUCGAGAAGGCGCGCGGAGCCAGAGCCGGCGUUUUUUUUGGCGGCCCCGGCGUGCGCGCCUCGGUGGAUUGCGAUGGCGCGCUAAUUGGAUGAAGGAGAGCAGCUGCGUGGCUUGACAGGCGAGAGCGCGGCGGGCGGGACCCGGCUUGGCCGAGCCUUCGGGGAGCUCGCUUCAUCUUUGGUGAAGUCACCUUUCUCCUGUCAAACAAGAACUUUCUUUUUCACGCGUCUUCCUCACCUGAAGGAUUUUCCUAUACCGUUUGCAGCUACUGCUUCCCUUCUUGGAGACAGCCGGCGACCGAGCAGAGUGGAGCAGAGGCCAGCCAAGAAGAGAACUCCUGGCCCAGAGUCCUGCCUCCGACGAGCAGCUACCAUGCCUCAGCUCUCGGGGGCCGGAGGCGGCGGCGGCGGCGACCCAGAGCUUUGUGCCACCGACGAGAUGAUCCCCUUCAAAGACGAAGGCGACCCCCAGAAGGAGAAGAUCUUCGCCGAGAUCAGCCACCCGGAGGAAGAAGGAGACUUGGCCGACAUCAAGUCUUCGCUGGUGAACGAGUCGGAAACCAUCCCCAGCAGCAACGGGCAUGAGGUAUCCGGGCAAGGCCAAGCUCAGGAAUCCUACCACGAGAAGGGCAGAGAUCAUCCUGAAGAAGGGAAACACACAGAUGGCGGUUUAUACAGUAAAGGACCUUCUUAUUCCAGUUAUUCUGGGUAUAUUAUGAUGCCAAAUAUGAAUAAUGAUCCAUACAUGUCCAAUGGAUCUCUUUCUCCGCCCAUCCCUAGAACAUCAAACAAAGUACCAGUGGUCCAGCCUUCCCAUGCGGUUCAUCCUCUCACCCCACUUAUCACCUACAGCGAUGAGCACUUUUCUCCAGGGACGCAUCCUUCACACCUUCCCUCAGAUGUCAACUCAAAACAAGGCAUGUCCAGACAUCCUCCUGGUGAUAUGCCCACCUUCUAUCCUUUGUCUCCUGGUGGUGUUGGGCAGAUAACACCACCUCUUGGCUGGCAAGGUCAGCCUGUAUAUCCCAUCUCAAGUGGAUUCAGGCAACCCUACCCAUCCUCACUUUCAGUCGACACUUCCAUGUCCAGGUUUUCACAUCAUAUGAUUCCUGGACCCCCAGGACCUCACACAACUGGGAUUCCUCAUCCAGCUAUUGUCACGCCUCAAGUCAAACAGGAGCAUCCGCACACAGACAGUGACUUAAUGCACGUGAAGCCUCAGCAUGAACAGAGGAAAGAACAAGAGCCCAAAAGACCUCACAUUAAGAAACCUCUGAAUGCUUUCAUGUUAUACAUGAAAGAGAUGAGAGCGAACGUUGUAGCAGAGUGUACUCUGAAAGAAAGUGCAGCUAUCAACCAGAUUCUCGGCAGAAGGUGGCAUGCACUGUCCCGUGAAGAACAAGCUAAAUAUUAUGAACUAGCUCGGAAAGAAAGGCAACUACACAUGCAGCUCUAUCCAGGCUGGUCUGCAAGGGACAAUUAUGGAAAGAAAAAGAAAAGGAAGAGAGAGAAGCUACAAGAAUCAGCAUCUGGUGGAAAGAGAAAUGCAUUUUCGACAUGCAAAGCAAAAGCAGCAACAUCAGGGCCCCUUCUUGAAAUGGAAGCUUGUUAAAUUUCCAGGCAUGUCCUUCACCUGCACGGACCACCACUAAGGAGUAUGUCUCGGAUGUCUAAACUUGCCCUAUUGUCACUGCUAAGGACGCUGAACCAUAAAGACAAUCACUGCCAUGUCCUUUUCGCUACCAUGGACCCCUAAAACUGACACCCUAAAAACAAGCAAGAUGAGCAUUUCAGAACUACCCGUUUGCAGAGAAGCUCCUCACCCUCCCUCUGCCUUACGCACUCCUUCAGUUGUAUGUCACACGUGAGUCAGCAUCAAAGUCCUUCAGCUGUGUUGUUUUUGCUUCAGCCAGCAGAGUGGUGUGACCAGCCAGCGGUGACUCCCAUUCUGGCUUUUCACAGAGGAGGAAUAGAAUUGAUCUGAUGAGGAAGGCACAAUCCAAUUUUAUUUAACGGUGUAAAAGGAUCAACCUUUAGCUUUUUGAAAAGAAAACUUGAAUGCUUUUAUAUUUUAGUUAUUUCCUUUGUGUAUAUUUUUAUUGUCCUUGUGGUUUUGAAAUAAGCAUCAAAAGUCUUGAAUCCUUUUUCUUUUUUUAAUAAAAGGAAAUCCCUAAUUUUUUUUUUCUUACAGAAGAGGAACAAUUGAGAUGAGUAUGUGGCUUUUCUUCCUUGGUUAAAAGUUUGUAGCAUAAUUCCUCAUGUUUUGCAUAUGCUCUGGAGUCCUAUAAUUGCACCUAUCAGCUGGUCAGUAGCUGUGUUGAUUCCAUCCCACCCUGUUCAUUUCCUCUGUACGUGUGUAGCCAACACACUUCAUCCUAUCUGAUUGCAGUGAGCUUUCCUUCUCCUUUUUACCUACCCUGAUUUCCUUGUACAAAAGGCCCAGCACUUGAAUUAUUAUUACUUCAAUUGUUCUGUAUUUGUAUCUGUUUUUGUUAGCCUGGUUAGUGGGAUUUUAUGCCAGUUGUUGAAAUGAGCUUCGAUGUAUCCAUUUUUUUUAGUCGAGGCACAGCCUUUGCCAAAAAAACCCCGUCAAUUGUUAUAUAUUUUUUGUCAUUCCAGUUUGAGUUAAUGUGCUGAGCGUUUGUUUUUUUAAAAAAAUAAAAGCUUUGUAAUAAAACUAUAAAUACUU